UCCCUGUUAGUUACAGAUCCAAUGUCUCACCCAACCAUUCAACAUAACUUUGCGGCCUUCUUUGAAAACUGGCUUUUCCAACGCCACUGCUACCUUCAACGACUACUUGAAAACUCAAUCCUUAUUGACAAAGAAGCAAAUACAAGCCUAGUUGAUCAAAUUUUAUGUCACUACAAGAAGUAUUACGAUGAGAGAGCGAAACUAGCAAAUGAGGAUAUUUCUCUCUUCUUUUCUUCAACGUGGUGCUAUUGGGUGGCUGGGUUCAGAGGUUCCUGGGUUUUCCGAAUAGUUUGGGACACAGUGGGACAGCUAUCCGUUGAGCAGCUGUGGAGGAUGGAGAGAGUCAAAGCCGAGACUCAGAGAGGGGAGAUAGAUAUAGAUAAUGCGUCGGCGAGCAUUCAGUACAAUAGGGACGUGAUCUUGGGGUUGUUGAGCCGGGUGAAGAGGCUAGCGGACGGUGAGGAUCAGUCUGCGCGGGAUACAUUGACGGACGGUGAGGUUCAGUCAGAGGAGGAAAUAUUGAUGGACACCAUAGUAUACAAGAUGAAGAACUUGAAGGAGAUGAUGGUGCAGCUGGUUGCAAACACCGAUGCAGUUCGUGAGUGGACGGUGAGGGAAGUGGUGGGGAUCCUAAGUCCAACACAGCGUGUAAGGUUCUUAACAGCUUUUGUGCAGUUUUAUUAAUUUCACCUUAGAAGGUUGAGCUUAUAAGAAGACUAAAGCUAGUAAGUCAGCAUUAAUUUUAUUCUGUGUUUUCUGUUUUUAUUGGAGUUGUUGGUUAUAUAGGCUUGCUUAAUGGUUCAUACUCU